CAUCCCUCAGCUCAGCUCAACCCGCUCACCGCUCCCCAUCACAUUCUCCUUUUUACACCUUUUUUUUUGCUUUCAGUCACGCUUUUUGAAAACUAUGUCGGCUAUCAGAGCUCUCCGCCAUAUCUCGCUGUCUUCUAGCAGGGCGUUCGCGGUGAGGAGCGGCGCCCGUGCGUUCUCGCGCGCCGCGAUGCCUGUAUUUGCGUCCCGCGGCGUGCCCGCGAGCAUGAGCGCGGCGAGGACGUUCUCUGCAUCUGCGCGUGCAUGCGGCGAGGGUGCGUCGGAUGUGACCCUUGCGCAGAAGCUGUCGGAGGAGCUGCAGUACGAGAAGGAGGCAUCGACGACCACUGAGCCGGAGUUCCUGAAGGUGUUCAAGGCGCAGAGCGUUUGGGAGAUUGAGGACACAGCCGGCAAUGAUGAGAUCGCACUGACGCGGAAAUUCGGCAACGAGACGAUCCGGUUGAUGUUCUCAAUUGCUGAUAUCCAGAACGAGCAUGAGACGGAGUUUGAGGAGAACGAGGAGAACGAGGAGACCGCGGAUGAGGAGGAGCCGAUCCACUCCUAUCCCAUUCGGUGUUCAUUCUCCGUGACGAAGUCCACGACCGAGGGUGCCCUGACGAUCGAUGCGAUGUGCCAGGAGGGCGCGUUCAUCGUGGACAACAUCUCGUUUUAUACCGACGCGAAAUUGGGCACUGAUCUGACUGCCGAAGCGGACUGGAAGCGCCGUGGACUGUACAUUGGGCCGCAGUUUGACACCCUCGACGUUGCUGUGCAGGAGGAGUUUGAGAAGUUUUUGCAAGAGCGGGGCAUCAACGAGAGCCUUGCGCUGUUCAUCCCUGAGUAUGCUGAGUACAAGGAGCAGAAGGAGUACGUGAGCUGGCUUAAGAACGUUAAGACGUUCGUAGAGGCUUAGACUAUGACUAUUGCAAACCAAAAUGUGUGCAGUGCCGCACUUGCUACGUGCUUAGCUACACGUCUACAUGUGUAAAGUCUAAUGACCUUGACCGGUAUCACCACUCGACUUGAGAAGUGAUAAGCAUACG